UCAUUUGUUUAGUAUUAAUCUUGAAGAUAGCCUUUGUUUCUUCUGACAAUCAGGAGAGCCAGGUACGUUAUAAAUGGUCGAUUUAUUUAUCUAAAAUUUGUGCUAUUUUAAUAUUUUCGGUGAUGGUAUAUAUAUAUAUAGAUUUACACGGUCCAUUUGGGUGAGAGGCAACAUGAUGAUCCUAAACUUGUUACUGAUUCACAUCAUGAUAUCCUCAGAUCGCUUCUUGGAAGGUAAUUUAAUCAUGUGCAUUUGGUGUAUUCUUCCCGAAGAUGCAUGAAUGUUGUGCGGAAAACAUUGGGUUAUGAUCAUUUGAAAUAUUUUGACUGAUGAUGCAGCAAAAAAGCUUCCCGUGAGUCUAUGAUUUAUAGUUACAGGCAUGGCUUCUCAGGCUUUGCAGCGAAGCUCACACCACCUCAAGCAAGGGAACUCUCAGGUAAAAUUUGAUGCCUUAGAAGCGUGUUGCACAAGAAUUAGGUCAAACUCGGAAACAUUUCUAAUUAAAAUAUUCACUUUGGAUUCUGUAAUAGAGCAUCCGGAUGUUGUUCAUGUGACGAGAAGCAAGUAUAUGAAGCUGGCAACAACAAGGGUGAGUGAUUACUUGGGACUCACUCGAACCACUCCAACUGGUCUCGUCCAUGAAACUGACAUGGGAAGUGGAGCAAUCAUAGGAAUCCUGGACACAGGAAUAUGGCCAGAUUCAAAGUCAUUCAGUGACAACGGUCUUGGACCAAUCCCGGCACGUUGGAAAGGAAAAUGUGUUUCAGGAGAAUGGUUCAACGCAUCAUCAAACUGCAACAGAAAGUUGAUAGGAGCUAGAUACUACGCAAAGGGUCUCCUCGAAAAUUACAAUGGGACAUACGAUGCGGCGGAGAAAGGCGAGGUCAUGUCCCCAUUGGACGUAACCGGUCACGGGACCCAUUGUGCAUCGAUCGCCGCGGGUUCUUUCGUCCAGGACGCAAGCUUCUUAGGUCUAGGCUCGGGAACCGCCAGAGGCAGCGCCCCGCGAGCCCGCAUAGCUUCUUACAAAGUUUGUUGGAGCAAAGAGGUGUGUUACGCACCGGAUAUUUUAAAGGCCAUGGAUCACGCCAUUCGAGAUGGCGUCGAUGUUAUAUCGAUGUCGCUAGGAUCCACGAUACCGCUUGAUUUCGAGGUUGAUAGAAGUGAUUUCGCUAUUGGUGCUUUCCACGCCGUUAUGAAGGGGAUUCCCGUGGUAUGCGCUGGCGGGAACGAUGGUCCCCAUUCGCAAACCGUCUCGAACGUUGCUCCGUGGAUCAUAACGGUCGCGGCUACGACCAUGGACCGAGAGUUCUUCACGCCCAUCACUCUUGGAAACAAUGUAACCGUACUGGGUCAAGAAUCUCUAUACACGGGAAAAGAAGUCGGAUUCGCUGAUAUUGUUUACUUGGAAGACUUGACAAAAAAUGAUUUUCUAGCCGGUAAAGCUAAGGGCAAAAUCUUGUUUGCCUUCCAAAUAGAAAAUUCAUUAGAUAUUGAAGAAUAUGCAAAAUCUAAUGGCGUUGUUGGCGUCAUUAUUGCGUCGAAUCCAUACGACCAUAUAGCACCGGGCACCACGGAUAUCCCUUAUGUCUACGUAGACUUUGAAAUUGGGAUGGACAUUAUGUUGUAUUUCAAAACAGCCAAAUUUCCAAAAGCUAAGAUCAGCCCUACCAAGUCAUUCGUUGGCCGACCCUUCUCGACCAAGGUCGCAAGAUUUUCGUCUAGAGGUCCCAAUUCAAUAUCUCCUGCCAUUCUCAAGCCUGAUAUAGCAGCACCAGGUUCAGGUAUACUUGCAGCCGUACCAUCAGAAGAAGGAUACGGAUUCAAGUCGGGGACAUCGAUGGCUACACCUGUUGUUUCAGGAAUAGUCGCACUUCUUAGACAAAAACGCCCUGACUGGUCUCCUGCUGCAAUCCGAUCCGCUCUCGUCACAACCGCAUUACAAACGGACCCAUUCGGAGAGCCUAUUUCAGCGGAGGGUUCCCCGCGUAAACUUGCUAGCCCGUUUGACUUCGGAGGCGGUCUGGUGAACCCGGGGAAAGUAGCAGACCCGGGACUUGUCUACGACAUGGGCUACGAUGAAUAUGUUCACUACUUGUGCUCCGCAGGCUACGAAAAUAAAUCCAUCUCAAAACUACUUGGAAAAAUAUACACUUGCCCUUCUCCAACUCCAUCCAUGCUUGAUGUCAACGUGCCUUCCAUCACGAUUCCAUACCUCAAUGAAGAGAUCAUUAUAACUAGAACUGUGACCAAUGUUGGACCGGUUGGUUCGGUUUACAAAGCUGUGAUCGAAGCGCCUCUCGGUAUUAAACUUCAGGUGGGUCCUGAGACUCUAGAGUUUGGUCCCAACACCAAGAAGAUUACAUUUACGGUGAAAGUCUCCACGACUCAUCGAUGGAAUACUGAUUAUAACUUUGGGAGCUUGACUUGGACUGAUAAUGGAGCUCACAAUGUUAGAAUACCUCUUUCUGUGAGAACAAGAUUUUCUAACUUGAAGAUAUAACAAAAUUAUUAAUAUUAUCGAAUAAUAAUUAUAAAAUUAUACCAAUGUGUAUUUGCAUUCGUUAUCUAUCGGAACGCAAUGUCAAUGUGACAAUGAUGAAUCGUAUAAUAUUUAUGUUUAUAAUAAUGUCCAGACUGCGGAAAUGAUUUGUGGGUUAGGACUUUCAUACUUUUUAUAAAUAGGUCUUUUUUCUUCUUUUUUAUCGGCUAUAAAUACAAGAUAAACUCUCUAAAAUAAUACUUCAUGAAUUAAUAAGACAAUAAAUAAAUAAUUAUUUCAGUGUUAAAUUGGGAUACGUUCAGAACUUUCCAAGGAGCUAGCAGGAAUGAAGAGUUCUACACUCUCCCUUUUAACCUCAACCGCUUCUUCCCUCCUUCAUAAGUGUUACUCUUUCUUUGUUUCUUUUUGUUUACCAAGAGUUUCUGUUGUGUGUGACUUAUCAUCACCACCAAUAUUAAUUUACCUAAUGAAAAUAUCAUUUUUUUGAAUCAUUUCAAUAUCUAACACUUCUUAAAGACCUUAUCUUCAGAAUCUAAUUUUGGUUGGGUGGCAAUAGAGCUUGCUGCCAAAAAAGAUUCCAUGUUACACAAUUAGUGAUUCAUAUUUGCUUCUUUCUUCUUCAUAACAUUAUCUGGUUCAUUUAGGAGAUUACUAUUUAUUUUUUGGUUAGUCUGUAAUGGUUUUACCGGUUUAGUAGGCUCACGUUAAUCCCCUCGGCAAGGUAAUUCGAAUUAUUAUUAUUUUUGGUCGAAAAUCAAAUAUGAAUUCGUAGUUGUAUAUAAUUUUUUUUCCUAACAAUAUAUAGAAUAUUGAGGAUAAGAACCAGGCCGGCUUAGACAGGAGCACAAGCUAUCCUAUUUUUUUGAUCCAAUUUGUUACCCCCAUAUUUCUUAAUGAAUAAGAACCCAAUUUUUUACAAAAAUACAUGCAUUUGCAUAUGAAAAAUAAAAAAAGGAUCGCAAAUUCUUUUAUAUGAAAGUAUUUUUAAUUUAUAACAGUUUUAUUUUUCAAAAUAGUUUUGGUAUUUAAAAAAAAUAUCUAUCAGAUUUUUUUUAAAAAAAUAUUAAUUUAAAAAUUAAAUUUUUUUUUGCCUCAAGGUCUAUGACACUAAAGCCAUGCCUUGAUAAGAUCAAUACUCAUGACUCAUAAGCAUGCCUCAAGAUGGUGUUUAACUGUAUUUAUCUUAAUUUAACUUUCUAAUAGUAAUAAUAUUUAUUUUCCUUUUUCCAAAAAAAAAAUUGAUUUACUAAAUUGAUUAAUUUAUUUUAAUUAAAAUGUCUUAAAUUUAUUAUUUUAUUUAACUAUUUUUCCUCUGUUAUUGGUUUUUUACUCAAAAUAUGUAUACACAAUAACUGAUUGACAAAUGUUUGAUGAAAAAUGGUAAGGAGUAGAUAAUAAAGGUAUUUUUAUUCCUACCUUAUAUAAAAUUAAUUUGCAUAAUGUAUUAGUUGCCAAUUUACUUUUGUAUUUAUAGGAUAAAAACUGUCACUUCACCACAUAAUUAAAAUGAAUUAGAGUUGAUAAUAGUUGUUCUCAUCUUCCCCAAACAUUUUAUGUUAUUAUCUUGUAUCUAUUUUUAUAUAGAAAAGGGUACCGAACUCUCUUGUGUGAGCUCAUCCUUAAAAUGUUUUAAAGAAAGAGACUUUCAUUAACUCAAUAAAAUAUCUACGCAAUGGUAUUUUCGUUUAACUGACUAAAAUCUAGCUGAAGCGUCUUAUCAAAGAAGAAACACAAACUGAAACCGAAGAGCAACAGAUUAGAGAGCAUUUGUAGCGGCGCUCAUCCGUUUCCGGCAAAGGGUUUAGAUUCAAUUGUCUGAUUUAUCAUUCUUCUGAAAUAAAAACGAAACCUUGUUGAGAUUUGUUGUUCUCAGACAUAAAGUUCGUUGCUUUCCUCUCAUUUGUCACUCACCUGGAUCUUGAUUCUGGUAAAGGAACUUGGGAGUUCUUGAACUAAAACCGCUCCUCGUUUGUUUUUGGUGUAUAUAUGAAUGAAAUGGACACGAAAAGUUGUU